AUGUUCUGGCCAUUCUCUUCUAGCAAAUCGGCGGAUGCCUCGUCCUCCUCCUCAUCCGCACAGCCCGCCUUCGAAGCUGUAGCGCCCGCACCUGUGGAUGCCACCGUCAACAAGCCUGCUGCAUCAGAUAGCCCCGCCGACUACCUUCGCAGCCACGCUUUCCAGCAACCAUCUUCGCCAACACCUUCGACAUCCGGCUCUGGCGCCGAAUACGUACCUAACGCAGCUUCGCUCCUCGGCGACCGUUCACUCGACCUUGGCUCCCUCGGGCCGCUCGCCGGCCUCGGCAAGGAUGACCUUGAAUACCUUGACCUGACCGACAGCGCGCCGUCGAGCAUGGAAGGCGCACGAACAGCCGUCCCAUCACGAGGCUGGUCCGACGAUCUCUGCUACGGCACCGGCACAACGUACCUCUCUGGCCUCGCUCUUGGUGGUCUUCUCGGUGCGAGAGAAGGCUUUUUCCGUCCGCUUGGUGUCGACAAUGCUACGUUCCGAUUGCGACUCAACGCUGUGCUCAACCAGGUCACCCGCCGAGGCUCCUUCUUUGGCAACUCAGCCGGUGUCAUUGCGCUGAUCUACAACUUGGUCGAUGCAUCGAUCGACGGUAUCAGGGGCAAGCACGACAUCUUCGGUGCUGUGGCGGCAGGCGGUGUCUCGGGCGCCAUGUUCAAGUGCACCGCUGGCGUGAGGCCAAUGGCAAUCGCAAGUGGCAUCAUGAUGGCCGCCGCGGCUACCUGGACCACUGCUAAGAGCGCUAUUCUCUAG